AUGUCAUCUGAAAUUCUGCAAGAUUCACCGCAGAACGGGCAAAUUGUUGGCGACUUAGAUGCCACUUCUAAUAAUACAAGCAACGAGAAAAUAGCUCUCACACAAGAUUUUAAUGAUAGUAAAGAAGAAGAAGAUGCUGAACUAGAUGAUCUAUUUGGAGAUGAUGAUGAUGACGAUAAUGAUGAUGAUAAUGAUGAUAAUGACGGCAAGAAAUCAGGGAUUGAAAAUAACAAUAAUGAAAGUGGUGGAGAUAGCGACGAAGAGAGCGUCAACCAUAGAAGUCGUCAUAGAGAAAGUCUUGGGUUAGAUGAUGAUGAAGCAGAGGAGCAGGCUAUGUAUACACGAAAAUUUUAUGGUGAAGAUCUUAAUGACUUUUCUGAUCAAGAUGAGGCCACGCAUACUUUUAAAGAGGAGAAUGUGGAGCUUGUAAGACAUAUCAUUCCAAGCAAGGGUAUUGUGAAUGAAACAGCGUCUCAUAAUGAGAUUUUCUAUGCCAGAAUUCCCAAUUUUUUAACGAUCGAUCCAGUUCCUUUCGACCCUCCAAGUUUUGAGGCUAAGGUCAACGAGAGAACGAGCAAUUCGGCUUCUAAGGAAGAUCAACUAGAUGACCGUUUAAUUGAUGAGAAUACUGUUAGAUGGAGAUAUUCUCGUGACAAAGACCAACAUGUCUUCAAAGAAUCAAAUACACAAAUAGUGCAGUGGUCAGAUGGCACAUAUUCUUUAAAGGUUGGGGAAGAGUGUACAGAUAUAUUGGUUAACGACACUAGCAACACUUUUUUGACAGUAUCGCAUGAUCAACAAGAAUUGAUCCAAUGCUACGAGGGGGGUGAGAUAAAAAAGACGUUAAUGUUUAUUCCAACAUCCACUAAUUCGAAGAUACAUCAAAAACUAAGUAAAGCUGUUAUAAGGAGGAAUCAAAGACAAAACAAAGGCCCAGGAACAUAUAUUGUUAGUAUGGACCCUGAAGUUGAGAAAAGAGAAUUAGAAAAAAAACAAAGUCAAAUAUUAAGAGAUAGAAGGAGAAGGCAGCUCAAAGAAAAGGAGAAACAAGAAUCUCCAGACGCUGCCUUUGAAACAGGUUUUAGAAAGCAAAGUUCUCCUACUGCCUAUGGAACUUCUAGAAGAAAUGAAUACGAAGAAGAUGAUUUCUUAGUUGACGAUGAUGAAGAGGAGGAGGCCGAAUUUGACGACGAUGAUGAUAACGAGGAAGAGGAAGAGGAAGAGGAAGAGGAAGAGGAAGAGGAAGAGGAUGCUGAUGAAGCGAACGCAGCCCGUCUAAGAAGUUUGAAAAAAGAAGGGGCAGCAAUGUACAGACAGGAGGAAAACGAAGAUAACAAUGAGACGAAAAGAAGAAGAGUUGCCGUUAUCGAGGACGAUGAAGAGGAGGAUUAG